AUGGAUGGAACACAUCUAUAUGGAAAAUACAAAGGCCACCUCCUUUUAGUGGUCGGGAUGAACGCUAAUCGGAAAAUCUUUCCAGUCGCAUAUUCAAUUGUUGACUCUGAAAAUGCGGCAAGCUGGACUUGGUUCAUGACACUACUAGCCACACAUGUCUUCCUCGAUUAUGAGUCGAUGUGUAUCAUUUCGGAUAGGCAUGCUAGGACUGAUGCGGCAUUCCGGGAUUCGCCUGCAUUACAUCUGCCACGAGUCCAACGCCGAUACUGUCUUAGACACAUCCGCAGUAACGUCAUGACCCGGAACAUGAAUAGGACUUUGAGGGCAUUAAUCUCGGAAACUGGUACUACAACCACACGUAGAGAUUUUGGGAACAAGAUGGAGAGAAUAAGAGCUGAAUGGCCUGCAUCGUACAAUUAUCUGGCAAGUAUUGACGCUGAAAAAUGGGCAUUGUCUCACGAUGGUGGUCACCGUUAUGGGCUAAUGACAACCAAUUCGUCCGAAUCGUUUAACAAUUCACUUAAGGGUUGUCGUAUGUUGCCAAUGACUGCGCUAGCCAGACUCACUUUCCAUAAAAUAAGGAUAAUGUUCGCAGAUAGGAGAACAGCUGGCCAAAGGAUGCGGGAAGUAGAGUUGCAUUGGCCUAAGAAAGUUGUUGAAGAGUUGGCACAACGAGAGCAACAGGCGUCCAAUGCAACCAUUGAGAGGUAUAAUGACUCAACAGGAUUAUACGGGGUUGCUCUUCAAAGACGACAUACCACACAACGCCCGUUGCGAUUUCAUAAAGUUUGUUUGAACGACUCUAGCUGCGAUUGUGGAAAGUGGAACGUCAACACCUCCUUACCUUGUGCACACAUCAUUGCAGUAUGCCAUUUUCAAAAAGUUACGUAUGACUCAUUUGUGCCAGAUGUGUUCUCCAUAGAGCAAUACAUAGCCAGUUAUGCAGCUAAUUUCUAUCCCCCCGUGCAAUGA